AUGGUUUCCGAAUACGACAAAUAUGCCACUCCAUUAUCCUCAAGAUAUGCAUCUGAGGAGAUGUCGGCAAUUUUUUCCCUCAGAAAUAGGUUUUCCACGUGGCGUAAAUUGUGGUUAAAUUUAGCCAAAGCUGAAAAGGAAGUUGGAUUAGAUAUGAUUACCGACGAGGCAAUUGAACAAAUGUCAAAACACUUGACUAUUACUGAUAAAGAAAUUCAAGAUGCUGCUGUUGAAGAAAGUAAAGUGCGUCAUGAUGUUAUGGCACAUGUUCAUGUUUUUGGUGAAACCUGUCCCGCAGCAGCUGGUAUUAUUCAUUUAGGUGCAACGUCAUGUUUUGUUACUGAUAAUGCUGAUUUAAUCUUUUUAAGAGAUGCCUAUGAUAUUUUAAUUCCUAAAUUGGUUAAUGUUAUUGACAGAUUGAGUAAAUUUGCUUUGGAAUAUAAGGAUUUGCCGGUAUUGGGAUGGACUCAUUUCCAACCAGCUCAAUUAACAACUGUUGGUAAAAGAGCCACUUUAUGGUUACAGGAAUUAUUAUGGGAUUUGAGAAACUUUGUCAGAGCUAGAAAUGACAUUGGAUUAAGAGGUGUUAAAGGUACAACGGGUACUCAAGCGUCCUUCUUGUCAUUGUUCCAUGGUGAUCAUGAUAAAGUUGAAGAAUUGGACAAACGUGUUGUUGAAUUAUUAGGAUUCGAUACUGUUUAUCCAGUCACCGGACAAACAUAUUCUCGUAAGAUUGAUAUUGAUGUAUUGGCACCAUUGGCCAGUUUUGGUGCUACUGCUCAUAAAUUUGCCACUGAUGUUAGGUUAUUGGCCAAUUUAAAGGAGAUUGAAGAGCCAUUUGAAAAAUCACAAAUUGGAUCCAGUGCCAUGGCUUAUAAACGUAAUCCAAUGAGAUGUGAACGUGUUUGUUCAUUGGCUAGACACUUGGGUGGGUUGUUUAACGAUGCAGUUCAAACUGCUUCAGUACAAUGGUUUGAAAGAACUUUAGAUGACUCAGCAAUUAGAAGAAUCAGCUUACCUUCAGCAUUUUUAACUGUUGAUAUUUUGUUGUCAACAAUGUUGAACAUUACAUCAGGUUUAGUUGUUUAUCCAAAAGUUAUUGAACGUAGAAUCAACUCAGAAUUACCAUUUAUGGCUACAGAAAACAUUAUCAUGGCAAUGGUUGAAAAAGGUGGAUCAAGACAAGAUUGCCAUGAGGAAAUCAGAGUUUUGUCUCAUCAAGCUUCAGCCGUGGUUAAACAAGAAGGUGGUGAUAAUGAUUUGAUUGAACGUGUUAGAAACACUGAAUACUUCAAACCUAUUUGGGGUGAAUUGGAUGAAUUAUUGAAUCCAAGUACUUUUGUUGGUAGAGCUCCUCAACAAACUGAAAAGUUCGUCAAGCAAGAUGUUGCCGAAGCUUUGGAACCUUUUGAAAAGUACAUUACUGAAGAGCAAGUUGCAUUGAAGGUUUAA